AUGGGCAGGACGCAGGAGGGAGGAGAUCCGCUGUUCAGGAGGCCGUGGACCUCGGAGGAAGACGAGGAGCUGACGAGGCUCGUCAGCCAGCACGGGGCCCGCGACUGGAAGUUCAUAAGCACCGGCAUCCCCGGCAGGCCCCACAAGUCAUGCCGAAAUCGGUGGCUGUACCAUCUGAGCCCCGACGUGCACCGCCCAUUCACAGCGGAUGAGGACGAGACCAUCGUCGCCGCCCUGGCCAAGUACGGGGAUAGAUGGGCUGCCAUCGCUCGGAUCCUCCCCGGGCGCACCGACGUCGCCGUGAGGAAGCGCUGGGUCUCUGCACUGGCGGCGCAUUGGCGGAUGGCGGUGUCCGAUGGGGCGCCGCGCGAGCCGACAACGUUGCCUGCAGCAGAAGAAGAGCUUCGCCUGCGGGUCGAGGAGAUGGAGGCGUACCUGGAGUCUAUAAUCCGGCCGAUGAUCGCACAGGAGGUGAGUAAGUACAUCGCGGUUAGAGGGCCAGAGGAUGCCCCCGCUCCACCAUGUCCACGAUCGUCUCCUCCAUAG